UCGCUGAUUGGGAGAAAUUUCCAUAAGUAUUAUCCAAGAUGGAGGUAGAAGUCUUUCGAUGAUUGCACAUUGUCUUUAUCAAAACUGUUGGGUAAAAUUUGAGGUGGGUAUGGGAAAACAUAGAGGGAAAACUAAAGUGGCUACGCCUCGCCAUAAACUCAGUAAGAGUUCUAGGUUUGAAGUUGCUUGGAAUGGAACAGGAGACUUUGAUGGCGACGAGAAGGAUACACAAGAAGAUGGUAAGAAAAAGGACUAUGGCAGAGGAUUCCCUUUUCCUUUGGCCAUGUGGGAUUUGGAGCACUGUGAUCCUAAGAAGUGUUCAGGCAGAAAGCUUUCAAGACUUGGCUUUGUGAAAACACUUAAAAUUUCUCAGAGGUUCAAUGGUCUGAUUUUGAGUCCUUUGGGAAGGCAGUGUGUCUCAGCCCAGGACCACACCCUCAUUAUGGAUCAUGGAAUAGCUGUUAUUGACUGUUCAUGGGCCAAAUUGGAGAGCACACCAUUUGGAAGAAUGAGAGGAUGUCACAUGCGCCUGUUACCAUACUUAAUUGCCGCGAAUCCCAUCAACUAUGGGAAGCCCUGUAAAUUGUCCUGUGUAGAAGCAUUUGCUGCCACGUUGUACAUUACUGGUCAACAAGAUCUUGGCUCAACAUUGUUAAAACGUUUCAAGUGGGGGACGUCAUUUUAUGCAUUGAACAGAUCUCUGUUGGACCGGUAUGCUGCUUGUUCAUCCAGCAAAGAUGUUGUAGAAGUUCAAGAUAAAUGGCUGGAAGAAAUGAAAGAAGAACAAAAUGCAGAAUCAUCACAAGAUUUGAUGGACAUUGAUAUGACUAAGGAACAUUUUAACCCAAACCGGCCUGUUCUGAGUGAAAGUGAGUCAAAUGGCAGUAACAGUGACGUCAGUGAUGAUGCUAACGAUGACGACGAAGAUGGGGACGAUGUAGCAGAUGAUGAUGCCGAGAAUGGAUACGAAAGUGACGAAGAUGACAAAGCUGGACUGCAUUUUGGUAAUAUUGGAAACGAAAAAGGACAAAAAGAAACAGAAAAUCAAAAGUUGUUAGGCGACGAAACUGUUGGUUUGUAUUGCGGUACUAGUUCUGUUGAAGAGAAACAUUUGGGAGAUUGUUUUGGCAAAGAAAACUUGCGAAAAAAUGAUCACAAUCUUGACUCUUCCGCUAGGGAUGAUACGCUGGAAUUAUGCACAAGGACCGAACUUGUUCAUUUAGGUGAUGGAUAGUAAUGGUUUUAUUUAAUAUUCCAAAGCGGGUAAUCUGUUCUUCUGAACCCAUACCUGUCUGAAAUAGAAGAUCAGAAGAGAUGUGAAAUGGAUUUUUUAUGCUUUCACCUAACUUUGAUACACCGAGAACAUAGUAGGAAUGUGAACCAGAGUGAUGUACCUGUCUGUG